AGCAACCAGUUCAAAACUUGGACGACUUACAUCGAUAUGCUCAACAAGAAAUAUCCGGGCAACACCGUGACGAUGGCUGGGGUCAUCUCAGCGAAGUACGGAGAUGAAGCUCUGGCGAAGAUGAUAGAACCGGCUAUGCAUGUCCCGAGUCAACAAAGGCUUGCGGCGAAUUUGGUGCUGCAGCAACGGAACAACUGGGAAGCCGCUGUCAAGUCGGUGGACGAUGUCUUCACGCUGCUCCGACUGGACAAGGCGGGGGACGACCUUUUCAAAACUUCGCAGAUAAACAGGUGGUACAACUACGUCUCGUACUUGAAACGCCUGAACGGGGGCGUUGAUGAGGAAGCAGCGAUGGUCAAGACGUUCACAAAGUUUUACGGUAACGAGGCGUUGUCCAAGAUGCUCGAGGCUGCGAAGAAGGUGUCUACGACUGAAACGAUGGCGACGAAGUUGCAAACUGCACAAUUCAAGAUGUGGCUCAAGAACCGCGUGAAGCCGAUGCAUAUCUGGAGCAUGCUCAAGAUGGAGAAGGCGACAUGGAUGGCCAACCCGAGCGCGGAGGUUUGGCGCGGAUACAACGCGUUCUACAAACUGAACAAGCCACAGUAG